AAAACCCAGAGAGGCGGGAUGGCGCGGUUGACUCUCCGGAGUGUGUGCAGAUACCUCUGCCACGCCAGCUGUGAGAGCCACGCGGCAGGCAUAGGAACUGACUCCACUCAUCGACCCCCAGUCUCAAUCCUAACUCUCUGAGAAAACCCGAAUUUGCCAGAGCUCCAGGUACAGCGGGGCUGGGCAAAGGUGGCACUUUUCUCCGUCCCCAUCCCAACCCAAGCGCUCCUGGCUCUGACGACGCCAAGAAACUCCAGAGUGGGUACUAAAGUUCCCCGAGCGGGCAGCAGGUGUCCAGGGCUGGCCUCCAGGUUCCCGGAGACUCUCGGGUUGACAUCUUGUCCUCGGCAAAGUCCCCACCCCUUCUCCGAGCCUGCAGUCCGAGCCACUGGAAACCGCACUUCCCCGCAGCAUGGCCACGAGCCUCAGCCCAGACGAUCCUCGGCCGCUAAGUCCGCUGUCCACUCAGCAGACCACGCUCCUGCUACUCCUCUCGGUGCUGGCCGCCGUGCACAUGGGCCAGUGGCUGCUCAGGCAGCGGCGGAGGCAACGGGGAUCCGCGCCCCCGGGCCCCUUCCAGUGGCCGCUGAUCGGAAACGCGGCGGCGGUGGGCCAGGCUGCGCACCUCUCGUUCGCGCGCCUGGCGCGGCGCUACGGCGACGUCUUCCAGAUCCGCCUGGGCAACUGCCCGGUGGUGGUGCUAAACGGCGAGCGCGCCAUUCACCAGGCCCUGGUGCAGCAGAGCACCGCCUUUGCCGACCGGCCGCCCUUUGCCUCCUUCCGCGUGGUGUCCGGCGGCCGCAGCCUGGCUUUCAGCCCGUACUCGGAGCACUGGAAGGUGCAGCGGCGCGCGGCGCAUGGCACGAUGCGCGCCUUUUCCACGCGCCAGCCGCGUAGCCGCCGCGUCCUCGAGGGCCACUUGGUGGGCGAGGCGCGCGAGCUGGUGGCGCUGCUGGUGCGCGGCAGCGCAGGCGGCGCCUUCCUCGACCCAAGGCCGCUGACCGUCGUGGCCGUGGCCAACAUCAUGUGCGCUGUGUGCUUCGGCUGCCGCUACAGCCACGACGACGCCGAGUUCCGCGAGCUGCUCAGCCACAACGAGGAGUUCGGGCGCACGGUGGGCGCGGGCAGCCUGGUGGACGUGCUGCCCUGGCUGCACCACUUCCCCAACCCGGUGCGCACCGCCUUCCGCGAGUUCGAGCAGCUGAACCGCAACUUCAGCAACUUCGUCCUCGACAAGUUCCUGAGGCACCGAGAAAGCCUCCGGCCCGGGGCCGCCCCGCGCGACAUGAUGGACGCCUUCAUCCUCUCCGCGGGAAAGAAGGCGGCCGGGGACUCGGGCUACGGUGGCGCGCAGCUGGACCUGGACAACGUGCCGGCCACUGUCACCGACAUCUUCGGCGCCAGCCAGGACACCCUCUCCACCGCGCUGCAGUGGGUGCUCCUCCUUUUCAGCAGGUAUCCCGACACGCAGGCUCGAGUGCAAGCAGAGGUGGAUCAGGUCGUGGGGAGAAACCGUCUGCCCUGUAUGGGCGACCAACCCAAACUGCCCUAUGUCAUGGCCUUUCUUUAUGAAGCCAUGCGCUUCUCCAGCUUUGUACCUGUCACCAUUCCUCAUGCCACCACUGCUAAUGCUUCUGUCUUGGGCUACCAUAUCCCCAAGGACACUGUGGUUUUUGUUAACCAGUGGUCUGUGAAUCAUGAUCCAGUGAAGUGGCCUAACCCGGAGGACUUUGAUCCAGCCCGAUUCCUGGACAAGGAUGGCUUCUUUAACAAAGACCUGGCCAGCAGCGUGAUGAUUUUUUCAGUGGGCAAACGGCGGUGCAUUGGUGAAGAGCUCUCUAAGAUGCAGCUGUUUCUCUUCAUCUCCAUCCUGGCUCACCAGUGCAAUUUCAGGGCCAACCCAGACGAGCCCUUGAAAAUGAAUUUCAGUUACGGCCUGACCAUUAAACCCAAGUCAUUAAAAAUCAACGUCACUCUCAGAGAGUCCAUGGAGCUCCUUGAUAGUGCUGUCCAAGAAUUACAAGCCGAGGAAGGUGGUCAGUGAGAAGCCAGGGGCAAACCGAGAUUUCAGAAGUACUCAAGCCUUAGGGAUGGGGAGUAAGAUUCAGGUUUUCUUCUAGCUCCUCUUUUGUGCCACUUCUCAAUUAGCUUCUAAGUGAGCAUAAACUGGUUUCAGAGGAGAUGUGCCCCACACCAAGGGGCCCCUCAUGACUACUGGGCUGUGCAGGAACUCCUAGAAGAUUUUUUGAGUCAAAGAGUUAAAGGGCUCAAGGAAUUUUUA